AUGGAAAAGAAAAGGGAUUCCUUUUUUCUUUCAAACAAGAAACAAAAGCCUAAAGAUAAGAAAUUUCAAAACAAAGAUGGUGAACCUGCUCAAAAAAAGAAAAAGGAAAGUAAUGAUGUUAAUGAUGUCGGACCGUCAGAACCAAGUGAGAAUGGAAAAAAGCCCUUUGACAAAAAGACAUAUAGAUUAAAAAAAUAUAGUAAGAAAUACAAGUUGGAGCAGUGGGAGGAGCAAAGAAAAAAGCGGUUGCUGAAUGAAUACCAGAAGAGUGUCAAAAAUGAUCCCAUGGCAGGCACAUACAAACCGAUAUCAUUUGAUGAAGAUACUACAGACUCCACUGAAGUCGGAAGGUUUGUGAAACACCCAGAUUUACUUGAAAAACUUAAUCAGAAACCUAAAAAGGCACCAUUUGAAAGAGCUAAAGACAAAUUUAAUAAAGUCAAAGAAGAGAGACUUCAAAAACAAGAGGCAAAAGAAAAAGCCAGGGAGGAGAGAAUGAAGAAGUUGCAAGAAUAUAAGAAAAAGAAACAAGAAAGAUUUAAAAAAUUAAGUAAGAAGAACAAAAAGGGACAGCCGGUUAUGGCAGGAAGAAUGGAAUUGUUGCUUGAUAAAAUUAAGAGUUCUAAAUAA